AUGGAUACUCAAAAUAUCAUUGAUAAUGCUGAAGAAACCAAAUUUUGUUCUCACUGCAAAAAAACUAAACCAGUCACUGAAUUUACAAGGCAAAGCAGAAAUAAGAUAUUAAAAUUUGCCAGAUGCAAUCCUUGCAAUAAACAGGAUAGACAAAGCAGAAAAAAUACCAGAGCCACCAAUGCUGAAAGUAUUUCAUCUUUGACCUUAAAUAAUGACAAUGUUGAUGAAACUGAAAUUGAUGCUGAUGAAAAUAAUGAAGACGAACUUGUUUAUGAUUUUUAUGAUAUUGAAAAAUUAGUAUCUGCUAACUUUAAAAAUAAUGAAGUAAAAAAUAACCACAUCGAAUUUUCUGUAAAAGUAAAGAUUGAAAAAGAAUUAGUUAAUGAGAAUGCAUUAAUGCCUGAAUUUAAUCAAUAUAAUGAAUCCAAAAAUUUUCGUAAAAUUAUUGAUGUCCUGGUUAUGCCUCUUCAAACAGGAUUAGGAUAUUAUUGGGAGCAUUGA